GGCAGGGAGGGCGGAGAGGAGGCCACCCACCAUGGCGCUGGGCUUGGAGCAGGCCGAGGAGCAGCGGCUGUACCAGCAGACGCUCCUGCAGGACGGGCUCAAGGACAUGCUGGACCACGGCAAGUUCCUCGACUGUGUGGUGCGGGUGGGCGAGCGCGAGUUCCCGUGCCACCGCCUGGUACUGGCCGCCUGCAGCCCCUACUUCCGGGCGCGCUUCCUGGCCGAGCCUGAGAGCGCAGGCGAGCUGCGCCUGGAGGAGGUGUCCCCUGACGUGGUGGCCCAGGUGCUCCACUAUCUGUACACGUCAGAGAUCGCGCUGGACGAGGCGAGCGUUCAAGACCUGUUCGCCGCCGCGCACCGCUUCCAGAUCCCUUCCAUCUUCACCAUCUGCGUGUCCUUCCUGCAGAAGCGCCUGUGCCUGGCCAACUGCCUGGCGGUCUUCCGCCUCGGCCUCCUGCUUGACUGCGCGCGCCUCGCCGUGUCCGCUCGCGACUUCAUCUGCGCGCGCUUCUCGCUGGUGGCCCGCGACGCCGACUUCCUAGGGCUCUCGGCCGACGAGCUCAUCGCCAUCAUCUCCAGCGAUGGCCUCAACGUGGAGAAGGAGGAAGCCGUGUUCGAAGCGGUGAUGCGAUGGGCAAGCAGCGGUGACACCGAGGCGCAAGCCGAGCGCCAGCGCGCACUGCCCACGGUCUUCGAGAGUGUGCGCUUCCGCUUGCUGCCACGCGCCUUCCUGGAGAGCCGCGUGGAGCGCCACCCUCUCGUGCGUUCCCAGCCAGAGCUGCUGCGCAAGGUGCAGAUGGUGAAGGAUGCCCACGAGGGCCGCAUCACCGUGCUGCGCAAGAAGAAGAAGGAGAAGGGGGAGGAGUCGGCUGGGGCCAAGGCCACUGACAAGGGCACAACUGAAGCCAAGGCGGAGGAGGAGGAAGAGGAGGCAGAGCGCAUCCUACCCGGGAUCCUCAAUGAUACCCUGCGCUUUGGCAUGUUCCUGCAGGACCUCAUCUUCAUGAUCAGUGAGGAGGGCGCCGUGGCCUAUGACCCGGCAGCCAAUGAGUGCUACUGUGCCUCCCUCUCAACCCAGAUCCCCAAGAACCAUGUCAGCCUAGUGACCAAAGAGAACCAGAUCUUCGUGGCUGGAGGCCUUUUCUACAAUGAGGACAACAAAGAGGACCCCAUGUGCGCUUACUUCUUGCAGUUUGACCACCUGGACUCAGAGUGGCUGGGGAUGCCUCCGCUGCCGUCGCCACGCUGCCUCUUCGGACUGGGAGAGGCUCUUAACUCCAUCUACGUGGUUGGCGGCCGAGAGCUCAAGGAGGACGAGCAAAGCCUGGACUCCGUCAUGUGCUACGACAGACAAAUGAUNGCUGGGGUCACAGAUACAGGGCUGACCAGCUCAGCCGAAGUGUACAGCAUUGCGGACAACAAGUGGGCACCCUUUGAGGCCUUCCCACAGGAGCGCAGCUCACUCAGCCUGGUCAGCCUGGCGGGCACCCUCUAUGCCAUCGGUGGCUUUGCCACUCUGGAGACGGAGUCCGGGGAGCUGGUUCCCACAGAGCUCAACGACAUCUGGAGAUACAAUGAGGACGAGAAGAAGUGGGAGGGGGUCCUCCGGGAGAUCGCCUACGCUGCCGGCGCCACCUUCCUACCUGUGCGGCUCAACGUGUUGCGCCUGACCAAGCUGUGACCUGCCCAGAGGGCCUGAAUGUGCCCUGUCCCCCAUGCUGUAGACCACGAGGCCUGGCCUUCUGGGUGGGGACUCCAGGGAGGAGUCCCUGGCAGAGGAGUUUGGCAGAGGCAGAGCCCACCUGGAUCCCAUCCCAUCAUGGUGCCCCAGGAGCUGCUUCAGCUGGGACAGGGAAAUCGCUGCCCAGUGCUGGGCCUUCGGGCAGGGAUAAGAAACUUUUGGCCUCUCCAGUGUCUCAUAUCCCCCAGUGUUCUUGGUCUAUGAGGCAGAACCUCACGGGGUGUCAGACUGCACCCUGGUCUAGUCCCAGACUGGCUGUGUGCCGGUAAAUGCCCCAAAGGACUCAGCCUCCUCGCCUGUCAGGCGGGGAGCAACCCCAUCUAAUGCACCUUGCAGCCUGAGUAAGUCUCCUUCUGCGAGAAGAAUAAAGUGUCUUCUGAGCAAGCA